GGACACCCAUGUCAGAGAAAUGCUCCCUGAUGGGUACUGUUUACCCAUACAUGAGUAACUCUUGGUGGUGACAGAAGACCUUGGUGCAUUUGUAGAAAUGUCAGCUUUUCAGGAUUCUAUUUCAAUAUCUUUUCUCCUAUCCAAAGUGACAGGAUCCAGGCACAUUCUUCCUACCACUUACAAACUUGUCUUCAUCAGUGAAUGAUUAUGGUGCAAGAUCAUUUGGACUGGCAUCAGGGUGACAGUAUUGUUAUCAGUUCCUCUUCAUAUGAAGCCCAUCAAGCUGAAAUAAUCACUUUAGAAAAAGUUAACAAUCGUAGCAUUAGGAUCCGUGAACGUCUUCUCCAUAGACAUAUUGGAUAUUCCCAUAGAUUAGAAGAUGGUCAAUGGAUUCUCCUGGCUGCAGAGGUUGGGCUUCUGACAAGAAACAUUCAGAUUAAAUCUGACAUGGAUUGCAUAGGAAGACUUCUGGUGAGACCUUGGGACUAUGCAAAUCAAGAUGCAGGUGUGCUUCAACUUUCAAAUGUUGAAAUUUUGAACUUUGGAUCUUCACAGUCUCCAUCAGUUGACAUUACAAAUUCAUCCAAAUCUUUCAUAAUUUCCUCUAGCAUUCACCACAGCUGUGGAGUUGGUAUUCAAGCCAUUACAAGUAAUGGGCUCUUCCUACGUGAUAAUGUGAUAUUCAGUACAAUUGGGCAUGGUAUACAUUUAGAAGGCCAAAAUCACACACUCAUCAGAAAUCUGGUUGUCUUAAGCAAACAACCAGGGACCUCAAGGUUCUGGGUGGCUGGCAUCAAAACAAAUACAGUAGAAGGUGCUAUGCUACAUAAUAAUAGCGUGGCUGGUACAGAACGGAUAGCCUUUCAUAUCAAGGGUCAAGAAUGUUUCUUAGCAAAAGACCUUUACAGUGGCAAUGUAGCUCAUUCAAGCCUUCAUGGGGUUCAUUUAUAUAAAGGAGAUGGCUUUCCAAACUGCACUAAAAUUACAGGCUUUUUGUCUUACAAAAACUAUGACUAUGGGAUAAUGUUUCAUCUUGUAGGAAGUGUAGUAGUUGAGAAGGUGAUAUUGGUAGACAAUGUCGUGGGACUCUUGCCAGUACUUUAUGGACCAUCUGCUAAGCUGUACUGUCACCAGAAAAAGCAGCACCUGAAACUAAGAAAUUCUGUCUUUAUGGCAACCAGCACUUCCUUUGACUGCAUCAAGGACAGAAUCCAGCCUCUUUCAGCCAAUGAGACAAAUACAGAUCGAGCUCCACGUAAUCCCUGGAGGGGUCGAAUUGGCAUGUUAUGGCCAUCUUUUACCUCGGACUGUAACUGGUGGCCUGAUGCUCCAUGGCAUAAAAUAAGAAACUAUUCAAUAGUUCUGGGAGUCACAACUCUACAAGAUAUAACCUUUGAUGGUUUUAGAAAGAGUUGCUAUACUGGGGACCAAGACACCUGCAUCAUGACAAAUCCAGGACAUGGAGGCAUCUUGCAUCUGAUCACAUCUGAGCAGACCAGAAUGCUCCAUAUCAGUGAACAAAAUAUGUUCUACUUUCAUCCGCUGCAAACGAGAGUAAAUGAACCUAGCUCAUCUGGUAAUGCAAUAUGUGGGAACUCAAGGAAAGCUCUUUUCAAAGAUUUGGAUGGAAGUGCCCUAGGAUUGGAUUCCCCUGUAUCAGUUUUCCAAAAAUCAGAGUUGGAUUGGGAACAAGCAUGCCAGGAUGCUGGUAUUUACAGGGAAGAAGGAAAAUGCAUUCUCAAACCUUUAUCCAAUGUUUACUUCUGUAAGGAAACUGAUCAUGCAAUGGUGAUUUUGGAAAGUAUGGACACUGAUUUUGAUCACAGGAACUUCUCUCCACCUUUAUUGAUAACUAGUACCUUUGUGGACCCUUUCAGUAAAGCCACAACACAGGGAUCUUUCUGCUCCAAAGAACGUCCUGUGAUAUUUUACUCUAUACUGCCAUCAAAUAGUCUUUCAAAGAUUUGCUUUGCUGGACCAGUUCCUUGGUCAUUAAGACUCUAUUUUAAUGGGGGUCAUGACAUUGCCAGAACACUUUUAGCUAUCUUCUAUGAUGAACCAAGAAGUUUUCAUGUUUUUGUGAAAGAGAACCCUAUCCAACCAGUCUUGUCUUUUUCCAGCCUUUUUUGGAAAAAUGCCGCAACAGGAACUAAUUACUUCAAUUUUCAAGAGAAUCUUCUGUAUGUUGCUGUUCACUGGGGUGAACCUAUAGAAAUACAUACACAUAGUUCUCUUCAUAUUGCUUUCACCAUCUCAGAAAAUAUGGGAGAGAAAGCUCAGGCAAUGCUUAUUCAACAGUUGGCAAGUUUUUUACAAAUUGGGCAGGAUGAAAUUAGAGCGGUCUCCAGUACUUCAGGAAAUGAAGACACAUUAAGGAUUAUUGCAGACAAUAGCAUGAAGAGGAAAUAUCAGUGCCCUCCAGAGAGUUUGUGCCUAUUCACUCAUCAUAGCACCAGCCAACAAAACACCCAGGAGAGUUUGCAUCCAUCCCAUGUAAUGCAUGGCUUGAGAGUGCUGAUCCUUGAAAUCAGUGAUCCAUUACACUUCUUAAAACAUAAGCUUGCUUUCUCAAAUUCAAGUGUCAGAUUAAACAGUUUGGCCAGUACACUUAUUGAUGCCCAACAAACUGGGACACUUCAGCGUAUUCUCAGAUUGCCAGUUGAUUCUCUGGUGGUGAUGGUUUCCUCAGCUUCAGUUCCAACAACAGAAAAUUCUAGAAAUGAAAGUAGGCCAACUUCAUGGAAUUGCCUCUACGUCUGUCCUUACAGCAUCUCUGUCUGGAUUCAACCAUCCAAUGGAGUGGUCGAAAGGCCACUGCUGAGGCAACCACAAAUUAUUUUUCUGGACAAAAAGGGACGGAGAAUUGUGUCCUUAGGUUUCCCUUCCAAACCAUGGUUUGUGACAGCUUACCUCAAAAACCACCCAGAAAUUAUGUUGAAAGGUAACAAAAGAGUAAUGGUCCAAGAUGGACAGGCUAGCUUUCAGAAUUUGCUUGUGUCCAGCUCUUGCUCUGACUGCCACUUAAUUUUCAAAGUUACUUCUCCUCCAGGUGCUGCCUUGUCUGUUGAAUCAAAUUCUUUUACUGUUUCCCCUGUUGCUGUAUCAGAAAAAGCUGCCAUCAUCUUUACUGCUCUCCUGUGUUCAGUAGCCUCCAUGCUUGUUUUGGGAUGUGUUGUUAUUUGUUGGCUCAAGAAAAGCAAGAAAAACAGAAAUAAGCUCAGACAAUCUCUGAAGAAUAAAAAACGCCCCCAAAUAAAGGAAAAUCAAGUAAAUUGCAGUAUCCAUCAGCACUGAACUGGGAAAGAAAAUGAACAUUCCACUUCUAUGAGAGAAGAUAUGAAACUGUGUGAAGAACUUACAGAAGAGCCAUUAAAGAAGUUGCAUCAAGGAGCAUUGAACAUCCCAUUAGCAGGAACAGCAAAAGAAAUCACAAAAGACCAUUGGUUCCAUAAAAGGGAAUCAACCAGGGAAUCUGUGGAGUUUCAGGAAUUGCACAUCAAGGAGCUUAAUGAAUGGAAGAAGACCAAACAGCAUAUCAUUGACUAUGUUCAGCAUAAAGAAAUGAAAGGAGAGCAAUUCAUAGACCAAAAAUAUAAAAGACACAAAGAGAUGCCUGUGACAAGAUCUGAAGAAGAUGUGAGGGGAAAACAGGAAGUUACAGUAUCAUAAUAUCCAAAUGUUCCUGAGUGUUUGGCUGCUUUUGGACUUUUCAUUCUUAAUGUAACUGCAUAUUUUGAGAUAUAGAAAAUAGAGACAACCUGUUUAAUUUUUAGAGUGAAAUGAACAAAGACAAGAGGGCAAGCAAUGUUCCUAUGAACUGUUUCUAGCACAAGUCACUGGAGAUGGUUUCAGUGCUGUUUUGUUAUCUCAUGAUCACUGCCGUUCCUCUUACUGAUUUUAGCCAUAGUGUUAUAUAUAUUUAGCCAUGGUGGUGCAGUGGUUAGCAUGUAGUAUUGCAAGCUAACUUUGCCAACUUUCAGCAGUUUGAUCCUGACCAAUUCAAGGUUGACUCAGCCUCCCAUCUGUCCGAGGUUGGUAAAAUGAGAAGUCCUAUUGUUGGGAGCGAUAUGUUGCCUUUGUAAACCACUUAGAGAGGGCUGUAAAGUACUGAGAAGCAGUAAACAAAUCUAAGUGCUAUUGCUAUUGCUAUACAAGAUGUAGAAUGGUAUGUAGAAUGUAGAUGUAGAAUGUUUUUGCUUGCCUGGUUACUUGCUUAUUUAGUUAUGAGCCUUAUUUCAGCAAAUAAUAUUAAAUCAUUAUAAUCAUUUAAAUUAUAAAAUUGUUUAAACUAAAUAAAAUGGCUUAAAAUGCUGUCAUUUCCCAUGGCUAAGGCAGUGACACAGAGAGACUUUUCCAGCACCAUUUUCAAGAACUGUGUCAAAGUCUUAUGAAUAAAAGUUGAUUUAGAAUUUACACUGGCCUUUGGAAUUAGCAUCCCCAAGGUAAAUUUUACUCUCUCCAAAUUGUUCUCCUAUAGCAUGUAGUCUACCAGGACUCACAAACAAGCAGGAUCUAUAUAGAAAUGUCUCUCACCUUUAGCAUUAAUGGAUGUAAAGAAUUUCAAGUGAAGGCUUGAAUCAUUCCAUAAUUUCUGAUAAAUUAUACCUAAUGAUGUAAAUUUUCCAUUGGAUUAGCACUGCACGUAUUUUAUGCUAUUACUGUAAUUUCUAGUGAAAAUCAUGAGAGUAGUUCCAUGUGCAUAUAUGCAUACAAUUAUUGUGCACAUUUGCUUUACAAGUUAGUUUUUAUAACUAAGACAUCUUAGUUAUCUACUGUUCUCUGAAAUUCAAUACAUCCAUUAUUUACAUUCCUCUGUAAAUAAGUGUCUGAUUUCUUAAAUAAUAACUGGAUCCCAACUUUUCAAGAAUGGGAUCAAUGUGAACCAAACAAUGGGAAACAAAGAUUUUUACAGAAAUUGAGAGCUACAGGGUGGGAAAUCCUAGCAAUCUGAUUGGUUGACAAUGCUUAAGGAAGCUGGCUGUUUGUACGGUGGUGGGUAAGCAAGGCUUCAAUUCUUUGGCUCAGGUGGGAUUGCAGGGGCCCAUUAUUUGAAGAUCAGUUUGGGGCUGAUAGGAUUGGGCAAAAGUCAGGGAGGAAGGAUGUGCAGCAUCUCUUUGGUUUCUCACCAAUAUUUUCUGCACCCCUUUUUUAUACAAGAAAAUAUUGGUGGCCAAAACCAUGGUAACAAUUCUUUUUAGUUUGCUGUUAUUAAUAGUUUAGGGUUUAAAUUAAUUAUCUCAUUCUAAUUUAUUUCUAUUUAUUCCACAUUUUGCCAACAGUACAAAUUAUGUUUAGCUAGUUCCUAUCUGGAAAAAAUACUAGAGAAUAGCUUAACUGUGGAUUGUGGCUUUUAGUUAUGAAUGCAUUUGUUGAGAAGAAUUCUGCCUCUUAUCCUCUAGUCUAGUGUGACAGUGAACAGGGUUUGACCUUCUGUAUGACAUCCUUUUAGGUAUUUGAGUAGUAAUAUCAUAUGCCUUCCAUCUCAGUCUUUGCUUCCCAAAGCUAAUUAUUCCUAAUUACUUAAAUUUCUCUUUGAGUGGACUUAGAUUGUAUCUCUAGUCUAGAUAUCAUUGUUAAUCUUUUUCUGAACAUACUGAAAUUUGCCUGAUGCUUUUUUCAAAUGCAAUGUCCAGAACUGACCAACUAUCAGUUCUGAUCCAAAGGGAUAGACAUGCACGUUAAAAAGGGACAGGACUUUGAUGGUUUAAAAAGCAAAGUGACUAUGGCAGAUCAUCCUAUUCUGUGACAAGUUACAACUAGUCUGUAGACAUCUUAGUAAUAGUAAUGUCAAAAAUUUCUAUGGAUCUUUAAAUAUAUUUUACCUUAUUGUGUCA